CACAGUGCUGUUUGUUCCGCUAAACGAGACAUCGCCCGCAAUGCACUGCAUUCAUUGCUAAAACCAUACUCCGUGUUACUGUUACAUACUAUGAAUAAUCCAGAUUCCGUGCGGGUCAAGUUGUUGUUCUUUGCGAAAUCUCGGGAACUGGCCGGAUUGUCCGGUACGGACGAUUUUCUUGUGCCACACUCUGAAAUCAAGUGUUCCGAGCUGCUAGAUCUGAUCUGUAAUCGUUUUAACCUGUCCAUCAUCCGCAACAAUGUUAUACUAGCCCACAACGAGCAGUACUGUGCGGAUCUCAGUGAAACUAUACGCAUACGCAACGGAGACGAGUUGGCCGUGAUACCACCCAUUUCCGGAGGAUAG